AUGGCGCCGGACGGCCAAGAGCCCGCCGCCGGGUGCUGCAGGGAGGCCGUCGCGGCGCUGCUGAAGAGCCCCCAGGUGGAGGUGCGGUGGCGGGCGGUCUUCGCGCUGAAUCAGAUGGCGGAGGAGAUCAGCCCCGAGCACGUGCCAGCCAUCGCGGAACUCUUGGGCGACGAGGACGCCUCGGUGCGCGAGCGUGCGGGGGACGCCCUGGCGCGCAUGGGCGGCGCGGGCGCCGAGGCGCUGGUCAAGAAGGUCGAGGACGCGGGCCCCGACGUGGAGCAGGAGGCGGCCCUGGCCGCCCUGGCGCUGGUCGGCCAGCCCGGCGUGCGGCCGGCCGCGAGCCGCCUUGACCACGGCAGCGCAGGUGUCAGGCGCCGUGCGGCCGCAACGCUCCAGCAGCUUGCUGCGUGGGCGAAGGAGCACGCGAAGGAUCUGGCCAGACUCCUGGGCGACAGGGAGGAGGACGUCCGGCUCGCCGCGGUGCAGGCGCUUGUCGCCCUCGGCGGCGACGGCGCCGGGGCCCUGGCCAGCGCGGUGGCGUCCCCCAAGGACGUGGUGAAGCUCCACGCGCUGCAGGGCCUCGGCCUGCUGGGGCCCGCCGCUGGGCCCCACGCCGUGGCCGUCGCGAGGCUCAUGGACUACCCUCAUGAGAAGGUGAGCGCCGCCGCCAACAGCACCAUCGAGGGGCUCGGUGCGCCAGGCGCCGCGGCACUGUGCGCCCACCUGAGGAGCGACCAGGCGGACGCACGUGCCAACGCCGUGCAAGCCCUGUCCAAGCUCGCCGACGCCGGCGUGGACAUGCUGCCCUUUGCGGACGCCCUCGUGGCUGGCCUGGCGGACCCCGACGGCGCACUGCGCGCCCGGGCCGCCACGGCGCUGGGCCGCGCCGGGCCCCUGGCCGCGCCGCUGGCCGCAGAGCCGCUGGCCGCGCUGCUGGGGGACGGCGCGGCCCUGGCGCAGGGGCGCGGCGAGGAGGCGCUGUCCAAGAUGGGCGUCGGCGGCGUGGCGGUGCUGCUCGGUCCGCUGGGGCUCGCGCACGAGCUCCCCGCCGUGCGCGCGGCCGCCCUCCGCUGCCUGCGGCAGACGAGCCUCGAGGUCCUGGAGCAGGUCGGCCUGGAGGAGAUCGUCCGGGCCGUCGGCCUGCACCUCGCGGACGGCGAUGGCCAGGUCCGCCUCGCCAGCGUGCAGGCGCUGGGGGCCCUGCCGCCGCCCGUCGCCGCCGCGAGCCUCGCCGGCCUGGCCUGCUGCGCCGCGGACGGCAGCGACCCGGUGCGCGCGGCCGCGCUGCUCGUGCUCGGGGCGCUGGGCCCCGAGCACGAGGGGGGCGAGGUGGUGCUGGCGGAGCUGGCGAGGCGGAUGGGCGACGAUGCCGCGGAGGUGCGGGCCGCGGCCGCGAAGGCGAUGGGUUGCUUCGGCGAGGCGGCGGAGAAGCACGUCCGGCUGCUGGUGCGGGUGCUGAAGGAGGACUCCUUCCCCCCGGCACGCGCCAGCGCGGCGGAGGCGCUCGGGCUCGUCGGGCCGGCAGCCGGGGGCUUCAUGCAGGCGCUGGUCAAGGCGCUGUCGGACCCAGAGCGCGACGUCAGGCGGAGCACAGUGGAUGCCUGCGGGCGCCUGAGCGUGACCACCCCCCAGUCUUCCGUCCAGGCCGCGCCAGGGCUUGCGAAGGUCGUGCUGUCGCCGGGCGAGGACGGGCAGCUGCGGGCCGCGGCCAUGGCCGCUCUGCGAAGCAUGGGCAAGGCCGGGUGCGCGUGCCUCAUGUCGAGCCUCUCGGACGUCAACCCGCAGGUGCAGCUCCAGGCCAUAGACGCCUUCGAGCAGCUCGACGCAGAGGAGCGGCAGCCGCACGUCCAGGCCUUGGGCCGGCUGCUCCAGGACGAGCACCCCGGGACGCGCGCGCGGGCCGCCGCGGCCGCGGGCCGCCUGGGCCAGGCCGGGCUGCACCUCGCCGCGGCCCUGGCCCAGAGGCUGCAGGACGGGGACCCCGGGGUCCGGGAGGCGGUUGCCCUGGCGCUGCACGGCCUGGGCCACGAGGCGGUGUCCAAGCACGCGCAGCACAUCGCGCGCAACCUGCCGAACCCGCACAGCGGCGUCCGCGCCGCGGCGGCGCGGGCCCUGGGCGCGGCCGGGGCCGCGGGCCGGGCCCACGCCCCGACCAUCUGCCAGAUGCUGCUGGACGAGGAGCAGGCCGUGCGGCAGAGUGCCUGGCGGGCGCUCGCCGAGCUCGGCGAGCACGCCGCCCACGUCGUGCCCUCGCUGGCGGCCCUCCUGGACGGCACGCACGAGGACGAGACGACGGCGGUCGCGGUCGUCGUCGCCCAGCAGGGCGGGGAGGGCGUGGAGGCGGUCUGCCGCUACCUCGAGGACGCGCGGCCGGCGAUGCGGGCGGCGUGCUGCGCGGCCCUCGGCGCCGUGGGCGGCGCCGGGGCCCCCGCGGCCGUGCGGGUGGCGCAGCUGCUGGAGGACAUCGACCCCGGAGUCCGCGCCACCGCGCGUGAGGCGUUGCUGCGGAUGGGCGCCGAGGCGGACCGGCCGCGACUGGGGGAGCUGUGGUCGACAGUUGCCACCCCCACGGGUGGCCUCGGCACCUCUCUCGAGAGGGCUCUUGAGAAGCAGAUUUCUGAACUUCGAGAUCAGCUCACGACAGAGAAGGACGGGUCCAUGGACGUGGACACCCCACCCACCAAUGACAAGGAGAAGAAUCGCUACAAGAGCGAGCUGGCCGUUGCCGAGUCCAUGCUCAAGGCGUUGCCGGAGGAUGCCGACACGGAGUUUGCACAGCAGCAGCGCCUGCACCUGGAGAGGCAUCGGGAUGCGUGCAAGGUGAAGCUGCGGGAGGCGCAGCCAUUCGAGUGGAGGGCUCACGAUGCGGUCAACCAGAAGAAGCAGCUGCUUGAGAAGAAGCAGCGGAUGGAGAAGGCAGUCGAGCAGGCAAAGGCGGCUGUGGUCAAGGCGCAGGCAGCCGUCGACCACGCGGAGGAGGAGCUGCAGGAUGUGCUGGAGCAGCCCGUGGCCAAGGAGGCCGAGGUGCAACGUUUCCUGGGCUCGUUGCCGACAGCGCCAGCUGAGCGCAAGCUCGAAUCGCAUAUCGAGAGUGUCGGCAUUUCCGUUCAGGGCCUGGGCGACUUGAUCAAGGCCCGCGGCCUCGAUGCAGGGGCAGCUGACAACCUCGCGGUCUCGCUCAAGCUCGUGAUGGACCAGCUGCGUGCGGCGGAGGUGGAUCUGGCUGGUCGCCAUGACAUUGUAGACGACAAGUGGAUGCCGUACCUUUCGCAGGGGGGUCGAGGCCAGCGCAUUGUCACGCAGGAGGUGAAACCUGAGCCUGAAGUACCGCGGGACGAGGACGUCGAGGGCCACGUGUGGAUCAGGCUCGGCGACUACAGUCUUUAUGUCCACCAGCGCGGGGCCCACGGUGGACGGGGCUGGGGGCCUCCCCUGCGAACCCACAUCGGCAUCCACGGCUGCCAGUGUCGGCCGACGCUCGCAAACACCCGGCAGCACGUGCGCAGAGCGAAUGUGGGCAAGGGCGCCGCGGCCCUCGCCGGGGCCCUGCCGCGCGCGGGCGCGGGCCUGCGGCAGGGCGCGGUGGCGGCCGUGGGCCGCCUGGGGGCGGCCGGGGCGGCCGAGGCGCCGGCCGUGGCCGCGCGGCUGGUGGACCCGCUGCGGUCGGUGCGCGCCGCGGCGGCCAGGGCCCUCGUGCAGAUGGGCGCGCCCGCGGCGCCCGUGCUCGCCGAAGCCCUGGGGAGCGCCAACGCCCACGUGCGGCGCUGCGCCGCGGAGGGCCUGGGGUGCCUCGGCCCGGCCGCCUCUGGCGCGGCGGAGCGGCUGGCCGCGCAGGUGACGGACGAGGACCCCGUCGUACAGGAGGUCGCCAUCCUUGCCUCGGGCCGAGUGGGCGAGGCUGCGACGUCGGCGCUGGCGCGGCAGCUGGGGGCCGCCGACCAGCGCCUCCAGCGUCGCUCGGCGGAGGCGCUGGGCCGCCUCGGGGCCCUGGCCAGCGCGCAGGCGCCAGCCCUGGCCGCCCGCCUGGACCCGCUGCUGGAGGACGCCAGCCCCGCGGUGCGCGAGGCGUGCGUCUGGGCCCUGGGGCGCGUCGGGCCUGCUGGGCCCCAGGCGCUGGCCGACCUGCUGGGCGUCGCCCACCACGGGAGCACCAAGAAGAGCGUGUGCGGCUGCCUGGGGCGGCUCGGCGGGGCUGCGGCCCGUCACUCCGUGGCCGUGGCGGCGGAGCUGGGGGGCGAGGACCGCGCGGUGGCCGCGAGCGCCGCCGACGCCCUCGUCCGCUUCGGCAAGGAGGGGGCUGCCGCGCUGGCGGGGCGCCUGGAUGACGCCGACCCUGUCGUGCGCGAGAUCGCCGCGGAGGCAAUGGGACGGACGCUGCAGCCCAUGGAGGCGGAGCACGCUCAGCAGUUGGCGGCAAGGCUGAGCGACUCCGAGAUCCUCGUCCGCCGCGCGGCCGCGACCAGCCUCGGGAGGGUGCCAGCCGAGGUGGGCAGGCCCGUCGCCGCCGACCUCGCCGCGCUCCUCGGCGAUGAGGACGCCUGGGUGCGGGCCCGCGCGGCCGAGUCCCUGGGCAGGCUGGGCCAGGCGGCCGAGGCGCACGCGCCGCAGCUCGCGGCCCUGCUCGAAGGGCGCGAGGGUUGGGGCGAAGGGCAGUACGCGCCGCGGGCCUCCAGCCAGGCGUGGGGCUGGCAGUUCGCCGCCGAGGCCCUGCGCCGGUGCGGCAGGGCCGAACCCGGGCACGCUGCGCUGCUGGCCGCGCACCUGGCAGAUCCCGACGCCCCCGUGAGGGUCGCGGCCGCGGCGGCGCUGGGCAAGCUGGGCUGCACAGCGGCGGCGGCACAGCUGCAGGACCUGGCCGGGCUCCUCCAGGACCCCGACGAGAGGGUCCGCCGCGCUACCUCCCAGGCCCUCGGCGAGGCCGGCGGCGGCUCGGCUCCCGCCGCGGCGGCGCUGGCUUCGACGCUGGCGGAGGACGCUUGCGCCGUCGUGCGCGCCGCGGCGGCCACGGCGCUCGGCGCCUUCGGCGAGAGUGCGGCGGAGCACGCCGACGCCGUGGCGAAGGCGUUGGAGGACCCCGACGGCGCCGUGCGCCAGGCGGCGGCGGCCGCGCUGCCGCUCCUGGGCGCCGAGGGGCUCGCGAAGUCCCCGCUGCUGGCGCAGCUCCUCGGGGACGAACGGGCCAGCGUGCGGGAGGCGGCGUACGCCGAGCUCGUGCGCUGCGGGGCCGCCGGUGGAGCGGUGACCCUCGCCGGCGUGGCCCGGGACAGCAGCAGGCCCGUCGCGGUCCGCCGGGUCGCCGCCCAGGGGCUCGCAGAGCUGGGCGCCGCCGCGGCCGAGCAGGCGGACGCGUUGGCCGGGCUGCUGCUGGUGCCCGACUCGGCGCUGCGCGAGAGCGCCGUCCGGGGCCUGGCCAAGAUGGGCCCGCGGGGCGUGACGGAGCUGGAGCGGCUACUUCAGCACUCGAGCGAGCAGGGCAGGUGCGCCGCCUGCCAGGUGCUGGGCAGCAUGGGCCCGGCGGCGGGGGCCUCCGCGGGCGCCCUCGCCCUGCGCCUGGACGACCACAGCCCGCUGGUGCGCCGCACGGCCGCCACGGCGCUCGGGCGCCUCGGGGACGCCGCCGCGCCGCAGCUGCCCCGGCUGGCGGCGCUGCUGGAGGCGCACGACGCGCUCCUCUUCAAGAGCGUGCUGGACGUCCUCGGCGGCCUGGGCAGGCACGCCGGCAAGCACGCCAAGGCCGUGGCGUUCCGCCUGGACGCCGCCGGCGACGAGGUGCGGCAGAGCGCGGCCCACGCGCUGGGCACCCUCGGCGAGGCCGCAGCUGGCCACGCCCCCGACCUGGCUCGCGCGCUGCUCGACCGCGAGCCGAUGGUCCGGGCCAACUCGGCCUGGGCCCUCGGCAGGUGCGGUGAGGCCGGCGCCGCCUACGUCGACCGCCUGGCGGCGCUGCUGGGCGACGGCGACUGCCGCGUCCGGGCGCGCGCGUGCGAGUCGCUCGGGCGGCUGCUCGCCGGGGCGGGCGAGGGCGAGCGGCGGGAGGGUGCGGCACGGCUCGCGGGGGGGCUGGAGGACGAGGACCUGGCCGUCCGGUGCGCUGCGGCGGAGGCGAUCUGCCGGAUGGGCGUGGACUCCAUGGCCCCGUACGCGGUCGGCCUGGUCCGGGUGGUCGAGAACAGCUCCGUCGGCUACGACGUCACCGCGGUCGACGCCCGCCUCGCGGAGCUCCUCGCCAGGGAGCUCGGCGUGGCGUUCCCGCACCCCCUGGCCUUUCUGCCCAAGGCCUUCGCCGGGGACGACCUCUUCCCGCUCGCGGCCGAGGCCGAGGUCCCCGGCAAGCUGGGGUGCGUGCUGUCCGUGCUCCACGCGGCUCGCUGGGCACCGCUUCUGAGCUCGGGGGACAGCUGGUGGACUACGAGAGCGCGCCCGCUGCAGGAGGCCUACAUCAAAGGCGCCAAGGAGCGCGCUUCCCCGGCGUACCUGAAGCAGGUGGACCGCGUCCUGGAGGAUUUUGAGAGGAGCGAGAAGACUGGUACGCCUCAGCCCUUGACCGACGCCAUCGAAGCUUCCUUGGCUCGGAGCUUCGGGCCGUGAUCUCCCGGGGAGCUGAACCAGGCGCCUCUGGAUACCCAGACGCUCGCGGUACCGCGAACGUAUACGGCAGGCAGACGGCGCCGCGGGGCGGCGAUGGCUCGAUGCGUACGCAUGUGAUUCCGACGCUGCCUUGCCUGAGUCCUCGCGCGAAUUUGAGCGCGGUUCUGCACCAGUCGCCCGGAGAUCGAAAUGCGCUUCC